GAAUAGGGUAAGACCCACUUUCUAGCCUUCGUAUCAGGGAGCAUUUCCCCAGUUUCCUCUUUUGUUCCUACACUGCACCUGGAUCAAACAAGAGCGGGGCAGCUUCCCUGAUUAAGAAGAGCUACAGUUUUACAUUGGAAUUGGAAACCAUGCAUGGGAACUACCUGCGAAUUGGCUGCCUGUGGAGACCGUGUUUUCUGCCGCUGCUGCUGCUGCUUGGUCAUUGGGGGUGCCCUGGAACAGCUCCUCGGCAUCAUCCCAGUUGUCUCCCCAUGUCUGCAUCCAUGCCCCGUCCUGUGUUGGGCUUCUGGGAACUACAACGAAGGGGCACAGGAUGCACAAGCCGGGAGCAUUCUACCCUGGGGCAGGAAGUGCACGUCAUAAGCCUGCGUGGGGGAGUGCCAGCAAAUGCCCAGGUAACCCUGAUUUUGGAUUCAGAUCCCCUGCACAGAGCUCCCAUCUUUGUGCUGCACUCCCAGGAGCCUCUGCAUUGGAUGCUGCCGUCUCCGCCUGGAAAAAAUUGGACCUUUCAGGUUUCCCCUGGUUCCCAUGUGUCAGCACUUGGGCCUGUGGCUUCUGCUGAGAUCACCUUCCCAGAGACAUCAAGGAGUCUGCUGCAAUGGGCAAGAAGGGAGCACGGAGGUGUCACCUCAUUGGCUGAAUACCACGGAGUCAACACCAUAUACACACACUUAGGAGCUGAUGGGACUGCACCAACAAGCUGCAAGCUGCGUAGGAAUUUUGUAAAGUCUGCACAUUUUGCCUCCGAGCGCCGACUCCAACCUCUGCAAAUUUGCCUGAAUCCUAACCCUCCUCAAGACGUCGAAGUUCACAUUAUCUUCUCUAAGGGAGCUGCUUCCAGGGGACUGGCCCAUUUGACUGUGGAGCUUCAUGCCCUUAGAAGAGCCCCACGUCGGGGUUUGUUCUUGAUACUGAAAAGCGAAGGAAUUGCCCAAUGGAUGGUUCAUGCACACCAUCUCACUGGCCAGCUGCACGUAUGGGCUUCGCACAAAGUUGUAGUGAGCAGUACAGAAAUGGAUCUGUCCUUGACUGUGACUCAGCGGACAUCCUCUGGGCUGGCUCGUGUCACAGAUCCUUUACAGUGGGUGGCAAGGCAGAAGCUACCUGGUUUCACAUCCUACACUGAGGCUGAGCAUGUGAACAGAUUUCUUCUGAUUGCUGGGUUGAAUGGUGCUGCAUCAGACCCUAAGCCAUUUGGGCCCAUGUUUCUGCCUCCUACCAGAUUCACUGAAACUCAGCAGCGCUUACCAGAGGCUGUAACACUGGGCUGGGCGAGGAGGCAGGAAUUCUUGGCAGAGGACAGCACUUCGCUUCUCCUACUACCCACAGCCAAAACUGGUACAGAAGGAAUGGAAUCCAUACUGUGUCCUGGGGAACAGAAACCCAGUCAUGAGAACAAGGAUAUUCAGAGUGUUUCCUGUGUCUCACCCUCCUCAACUACUCAGGCAUCUCUCCCAGAAGCUACUAUGGCCUUCCAGGACCUUCCCUUUCACCUUGGCAAUGUCCUGCUCAGCCUUGAGGUCUACAACUCUGAGGCCUUUGCCAAGCAGCCAGGACCCUGUGUGGUCUCAGCUAACAGCCGGGUCUUUGUGGAGGCUGCUUUGGCUGCUUACGACUUGUGUCUCGGCUUCACCAUCCGGCAGUGCUUCCUCUCUCCCUUCUCAGAUGCUUCGUUGUCCUCCCCAUAUGUGCUGAUCCGACAUGGCUGCGUAGCUGAUACUCGUGUCACUUUGUCAGCGUCUGAGCAAGCAGCCCAGGGCCACAUGCUACCUCCAGGAUAUCAAGAACGCCAGCGGCUGAGUUUUGUGCUCCAACCCCUCUUCAAUGACUCCAUUCAGUUCCUGCACUGCCAUCUGAUGCUCUGCAGCAGAGAGCCAUGGGACCCCACCAAGCCCAAGGGCCCAAUCCCCAAGUGCCAGUCGGAGAAUGAGGCCUGCAAGGGUGGAGAGGAACUGGCCAGUGGACGCUUCCAGCGCACCAUCACAAAGCCCAUCAUAGUGACCGUGGAGAUUCCACCCAGAGCUGCUGCUCCUCAUCUGAAACCAGAUCAUUACCUGCUCAACCAGCAAGGCAAAACACUGAAGGAUGUAAACCACUCACGGAAGACACAGCCUGUCCCAACCAUAGCUGCACCACACCUGGAGCUCCCAGCAGUAAUUGGCAUAGCCUUCUCCGCCUUUAUCAUUGGCAUCUCCCUCACUGGUGGGCUCUGGUUCAUUCAUUCCCAGACAAGUGGGUGCGAGGUUGCCCACAGUAUCACAGAUCCUGAAGAAACAGCAGUUCCGAAGCCUCAGGCUACUUCCUCUGCUCCGACUGUAGCUGGCCCUGCAUGUAGUUCUCCACCAUAACAGAAUUCUGUUGAAUGCAGGCUCUUUAUUUUUAUUGCUGGUGUCUAAAUACCCGUUUCAGUGAACCUGCUUAUACAAGAGGCUCUCAGGCUGAAUCCUCACGGCUUCAGACUUUGCUCCAAGUGUCACCUAGCUGAAUCAGUACUUUUUGUCACUCUCCAAGUGUUUGUUUAAAUGAGUAAAGCAGGUUGCGGACGGGAGCAGCAAGGAGUUUCUGUUACUUGAUGGGGACAACCUGCCUGGAGAAAUGUGCCUUCUCCUUCAUAGAGUGUCUCGGCCUUGCCGUUCUGCGGAGUGGACAUUGUGGAACUCUUCUGCUCCAACCUCUUGCAAAAUCAAAUUGCAUUCCGCUGUUGUAUAACAGAUUUGACAUCACUUUGCUCUUGCCGGCAAGCUUCAAUUAUGUAAUGCCUAGCAGUUACACUUCGCUCUGUUUCAGCACUUUGGGGGAAGAGUUGGUCUUGGCUGAUGGUCCUACUAGGAAGUGUGGACAAAAAAUUGCCUGAUCUGCUUCCUACCUGAUUAUCUUAGUAUGGGAUGCAAGUGGUAAUUUCAAUGCACCUACUAAGUAUAGGCUGCUCAAUCUGUCAAGGCAAUAAAAAUCUCUGGGAAAACACAGAAUUCAA